AUGUGCCAUUCUCCCCAUCCCAGAGUUUCCGCUGGGGGGCUGAUGCUUUCCGUCGCUGACACGUACGAAGGAUCUAAGUGCGCGGCCUUUUUUCACCUGCUGCGCGCCAUACGCCACUUCCUGGGAGGGACUUGCCUCGGUUCGUUCGGAUGCCUCUGGUUCGGUUUGGCGGUGGAAGGAGGUCCAGCGAAGGAUGAGCAAAGCGGCGAUCAGCAGCUCCGCUGCUGUCCCUGUUCGCAACUUCGGUUGCGAGUGCUAUCCUACCCUCCUCAAGCCUCACGUGCUUCCUUAGAGGAAGUUAUGGCCCCCCGCAAGGGAGCUGCCCAGGUGGCGAAGAAGCCGGCUGUCGCCGAGCUUCCGCCUUUCGAGGAGUGCAAUGUCAGCAAGACGAUGAUUGAGCCGUGGCAGAAGGUCGCUUCGGCGUCUUCUGCCGACGAGCGUGCGGCAGCCAUCGAUGCCGCUGUUUCCAUGCUUCAAAGCGAGGGCCCCGCUUCCAUCGUGGCCUACAAGGUUGUCAAGCGCGUCAAGUACUCCGCAGUGGACCUGAACGCGUCGGCGCGCGAGGGAGCCAUGCUCUUCAUCUCGGCUCUCGUCGAGAAGAUGGGCCGCACCUGCGAGCCCUUCCUUAUCGAGCUCCUUCCCGCCGUUCUCGUUCUCUACUCCGACAAGCUCCAGAGCGUCCGUGCCGCCGCCGACGCCGCCGGUCGUGCCAUCUGCAGCAGCAUCUGCCCGUUCGCCGCGAAGCUCCUCCUGCCCGCUAUCUUCGAGGGCAUGUCCGACCGCAAGAACUGGCGUACCGCCGAGGGCGCCCUCGUCCUCCUCACCGUGCUCGCCAACGCUGCCCCGCGCCAGCUCGCCCGCUGCCUGCCGGAGAUCGUCCCCAAGGUCUCGGAGGCGAUGAGCGACAGCAAGGAGCAGGUGCGCAAGGCCGCCUACGACGCCAUGACCGAGGCCUGCGCCGCCAUCGGCAACCGCGAUAUCGAGCAGUUCAUUCCCGUGCUCGUGAGCUCCAUCGCCCGCCCCGUCGAGGUUCCCGAGACUGUGCACAAGCUGUCGGCCACCACCUUCGUGCAGGCCGUCACCGCGCCGACCCUGUCCAUCAUGGUUCCGCUCCUCUCCCGCGGUCUCCGCGACCGCGCGCCCGCCAUCAAGCGCAAGUCCGCCAUCAUCACGGAGAACAUGAGCAAGCUCAUCGACGACCCGCUUGCCGCCGUGCCGUUCCUGCCCAAGCUCCUCCCGGGGCUUGAGCUUGUGAGCAAGGAGGCCGCCGAUCCCGAGAUCCGUACCGUGGCGACCAAGGCGCACAAGACCCUGUCGGUUGUGGGCGAGGAGGCGCAGGUGAUCAUGGCGAACCUUCUCAACGACAAGGAGCAGGUGGAGAUGGUCCUUACCGUGCUCAAGUCUACUCUCGCGGAGAUUGCGCCGAUUGUUGUCGACGACGGUGUGGUGGCGACGCUCGACUACGUCGCUGCGAUGUGUGCGGUGCAGAUGAUCCUGAAGAACUUCGAGGAGGAGGACUGGCAGAAGAUGAUCGUGCCGUCGCUCAAGGCGUUCGUGUCGGAGGAGGACGCCGAGAAGGUGGCGGCCAAGGUGCUGCAGCUCUGCAUGGCGGACUACGAGUCGCGCAAGGUGAAGCAGUACGAGGAGGAGGACGACGAGGGCGAGGAGCUCUGCACGUGCGAGUUCUCCCUGGCUUAUGGUGGCAAGAUCCUGCUCAACAACGCCGGUCUCUUCCUCAAGCGCGGCCGCCGCUACGGUCUGUGCGGCCCCAACGGCUGCGGUAAAUCGACGCUCAUGCGCGCCAUCGCCAACGGUCAACUCGAGGGCUUCCCCAGCCCCGACGAGCUCAAGACGGUGUACGUGGAGCAUGACCUGGACGCGUCCGUUGCUGAGGUGGCAGUCGUGGAUCUGAUCAUGAACGAGCCUGCUCUGGCCGGCAUCGAGCGCGAGCACGUUGUCAACACGCUCGCCAGCGUCGGGUUCACCCCCGAGUGGCAGCAGAGCCCCGUCGCCGCGCUCUCCGGAGGGUGGAAGAUGAAGCUCGCGCUCGCCCGCGCCAUGCUCAUGAAGGCGGACAUCUUGCUGCUGGACGAGCCGACCAACCAUCUCGACGUGAAGAACGUGGCGUGGCUGAGCGACUACCUCAACAGCCUCAAGGACGUGUCAUGCAUCAUCGUGUCCCACGACUCCGGUUUCCUCGAUAACGUCUGCACCGACAUCAUCCACUACGAGAACCGCAAGCUGAAGCAGUACCGCGGCAACCUGAGCAAGUUCGUGGAGCAGAAGCCCGAGGCGAAGGUCUACUACGAGCUGGCCGAGGCGACCAUCAAGUUCACGUUCCCCGAGCCCGGGUUCCUCGAGGGCGUCAAGACCAAGGACAAGGCCAUUCUCAAGAUGUCGCGCGUGUCGUUCCAGUACCCCGGCGCGACCAAGAUUGCCGUGUCGGACGUGACGGUGCAGUGCUCGCUGUCUUCCCGCGUGGCCGUCAUCGGGCCCAACGGUGCCGGCAAGUCGACGCUCAUCAAGCUGCUCACCGGCGAGCUCGAGGCUACGUCCGGCACGUGCUGGAAGCACCCCAACCUGCGCGUGGCCUACGUGGCGCAGCACGCGUUCCACCACGUGGAGCAGCACCUUGACAUGACGCCCAACGAGUACAUCCGGUGGCGUUACGCCUUCGGCGAGGAUCGCGAGGAGCAGGACAAGGUGUCGCGCAAGAUCAAGGAGGAGGAGGAGAAGAAGAUGGCGGAGAAGGUGGUGAUCGACGGCACCAAGCGCAUCGUCGACUGCCUGCUGGCGCGCCGCAAGCUCAAGAAGGGCUACGAGUAUGAGGUGCAGUGGAAGGGCGGCGUCGAGACCACGUGGCUGCCGCGCAGCACGCUCGAGGAGAUGGGCUUCGUGAAGCUGGUGAACGAGAUCGACGCCAAGGAAGCCGCCGCGCAGGGCCUCAUCACGCGCCCGCUCACCAUCGCCAUGGUGCAGAAGCAUCUGGAGGAGUUCGGUCUCGAGGCGGAGUUCGGAACCCACAGCCGCAUCCGUGGUCUGUCUGGUGGUCAGAAGGUGAAGCUGGUGCUGGCUGGUGCGAUGUGGAACUGCCCGCACAUGCUGGUGCUCGAUGAGCCUACCAACUACCUGGAUCGCGACUCGCUCGGCGCGCUCGCGAACGCCAUCAAGGAGUACGGUGGUGGUGUGGUGAUGAUUUCGCAUAACAGCGAGUUCACGUCGGCGCUGUGCCCUGAGGUGUGGAGAGUGGAGGCGGGUCUGUUGACGCCCGAGGGUGCCCCUGCGUGGUUGAACAACGCGAAGCUGGAGCUCAAGAAGCAGGCGGAUGAGAUGAUUGACGCGUUCGGCAACACUGUCAAGGUGGUGCAGCAGAAGAAGCAGCUCAGCCGCAAGGAGCUCAAGGCCAAGGAGAAGGCUCGCAAGGCCAAGAUCGCGGCUGGCGAGCCUGUGAGCGACGAGGAGGACUACUAA